AUGGAGACAGCACGCGCCGCGCGUGAUGCUCGCGCCAAAGCACUGCUGGCUUCGCUGCGGCGAUGCGACGAGGAGCUUCGCGUUGGCACAUUGAAGAUCAUUGAAGUCGUUGGUGACCCAUGGCAGAGGAGCGAGCUCUUUGGGUGGGUGGAGCACGAACACAGUGGCAGGCUGCUGGAGAGAAGAGAAGCAGCUCUUUUCGGAGCAGGCUGGCAGCUUGAGAAGCAUCUUCAGCUCCAGCUUAUGCGUCCGGAUGCAGGAGACUUUACCGUGCUGAUAGCAAGACCCCUGCACUUGGCUGGGAAGUUACCUGCUGCUUUGCUGAUGCAUGCCACGGGCAAGUGCAAGGAAUUCAUGGCGAACCGUCUGGAACAAUGGGCGCGAAAAGGCUUGAUUGCUGUAGCCUUUGAUGCUCCUUGGCAUGGCGAGCGUGCACUUCCAGAAGCAGGACUCUCAAAAUCGGGCGGCCAAAGCAACAGUGGCACCUGCGAUCUAUCCCUGAAAAGCUUGGGCCCAGAACUGCUUCGGACGCUACAGCGACAUGAAACUGCAAGGUUGGACGUGUACUUCAAAGCAUUGAUUGCUGGCUGGCGAACGGCAUCUGAUAGAUUUGUCCUGGACAUUGUGCGCGAUGCAUUGACAGUUGUUGAUUACCUGUGUGCCAGACCCGAUGUAUUGCCGGAGCGCAUCGGCGCAGCAGGGGUGUCGCUGGGUGGGAUGGCAUGCUGGCUCUUGGCCGCCGCCGACACAAGAAUAUGCAGCGCGAUGCCGGCAAUCGGUGUGCAGUCCUUCAACCAUUCUUUGAGAAAUGGGUUGUGGGGUGCCAGGGUCGACUCGAUUCGACCAGCCUUUGAAGCGGCUGCUGCAGACUUAAAGAAGGAUUCCGUGGAUGAUGACGUGGUUGCAGCUGUUUGGUCUCGGCUGGCUCCUGGCAUUGCCGAGGUCGAUCCCAGCAACCCCCUUGCCUUUGAUGCGCCGCUGACGCUUCCAUGCAUUGCACCUCGACACCUACUGGUUCUCAACGGCGAGAAGGACCCGCGCUGCCCUUUGGAAGGGGUGCAGAAAUGCAUCGCUGCGGCCAAGCAGGCAUAUGAGCAAGAGGGGAAGCCGGAACAUUUCAAGAUCUUUAUUGAGAAGGAUGUUGAGCAUGCCAUGACGGACAAAAUGUGGGAGAAGAUCGAGUCUUUUCUUGAGGUGUCACUGGGAUUGCCCACCACGUCUAAGCUUUAUCCAGAGCUUUGCGGGAUUCCGGUGCGAAACGUGUUGUGCGUAGAGUUGCUGAAGCGGCUGCAGCCGUACUCCUGGUGCUGCAUUGCGCCAGCCCUAUCUGUUCAAGGUUAG